AGAAAAACUCAAUCAUAUCAACUAAUGAUUUCUUUUACCGAAAAUAGCCAGAAAGAAAUGUGUUUCAGUUUGUUUCAGGACCACUCACUGACACGAGACUGCGUAAGUGCGGUCCGUCUCUGCGUGUUGUCAAAAGCAAAAUGGCGACAGUUGUAAUAUUUAUUUUCCUGUCUGUUGUCGGCGUUUCAGCAGUUCCAGAAGAAGGCCACUGGAGUAUAGAUGUUCGGCAGGACAGCCCCUAUGUAUUUCUUCAAAAGCACAUGUUUGCUCACAGUCAGAUUACAGUGUCAGUUUCAUUACCAUGUGAGAAAGAAGAUUUCAACAUGACUUUCUCUUGGGUGCUUCGAACUGCAUCUUGUACCGUUUCUUUUCAAUAUGAUGAUAAAUUAAAGGAGAACAUUGCCCUUUAUGUGAAUCGUCCAUUCCUGGACUUUGAUAAACCAUUAGAUGCUGUAAGUGUCUUAAAAAACAGUACCCAGCAGCAGUGUCAACCACAUCCAUUCCAGCUACCUGACCAUGGACAUGAUGUGCCUGUCAGACUGAAUGUUUCCAGUUUCUCACAGGAUUCUGAAGCGCUGUCACAAAAGGACAAUGAAUAUGACUUAGAAAGCCAAGAAUCUGUGGGUGGUGCUUUACUAGACAAAGAAAGGGGAAAAACUACACAACGACCUGCUGGCAGUCUGUCAACUGCAAGUUCUCCACCAGCAAGCACCUCUCCACAGCCCCUUGUGAAAGACAAUUCAGAACAAGUGAAGGGUGCAAAGCAAGAAAAAGCAGCAAAGACUGUGAAACGAGCAGCAGACACAAAGCCUGAGGAGAAAAAAGUGGAGGCACAGCUCCUGAAAUCUGGUGCCAAUUUGGACCAUCCAGUUGUAGGGAGAACAUGGAUUGAUGGCAACUAUCUUUUUGUUAUCAAGCUUACUCCAGAACCAAAAGGAGCACAAUUUAAUGCCCUUGUGGAAGUACGGAUGACGUGGGGUAAUGGGAACUACAUCUCGGCAGUAGAUUAUCCCCUCCUAGUAUUCUAUGGUGUGUUGGGGCUGCUGUACAUGGUCUAUGGCCUGGUCUGGCUUGUGCUUCUUGCCUGCAAUUGGCGAGACCUUCUGAGAGUGCAGUUUUGGAUUGGAGGAGUUAUUGUGCUCGGUAUGCUGGAAAAGGCAGUGUUUUUUGCUGAAUAUGAAAAUAUUAACAACACUGGUGUUUCAGUGCGUGGGGCAGUUAUCUUUGCAGAGCUUGUGUCGUGCCUGAAGCGAACUCUGGCACGAAUGCUGGUCAUCAUUGUCAGCUUAGGAUUUGGCAUAGUCAAACCAAGGCUUGGGCAAGCUUUCCACAAAGUUUUAUUUGUUGGAGCCCUCUACUUUAUUCUGGCAGCAAUUGAAGGAUGCAUGCGUGCUACCUCUCCAGACAUUCAGACCAAAAACCAGUAUUUCUUGGCUGCAGUUCCUCUCGCCGUUGUAGAUGCAGUAAUUUGCUGGUGGAUCUUUACUAGCUUAGUACAGACCAUGCGCACAUUGCGGCUGCGUCGCAAUGUGGUAAAGCUUUCUCUGUAUCGUCACUUCACCAACACCCUCAUCUUUGCUGUCUUGGCAUCAGUGGGCUAUAUCAUCUGGUUUAUGACACAGCGAACAAAUGGAAACUGUAUGAAGGACUGGAAACAGAUGUGGGUGGAUGAAGCAUUUUGGCAUGUUCUUUUCGUGCUUCUGUUGUUUAUCAUCAUGUUGCUGUGGCGACCAACUGCUAACAAUCAAAGAUAUGCUUUCUCCCCACUGUUGGAUGCAGCAGAUGAUGAAGAUGAAGAUGAUUCUGUGCUUAAUGAUGCUUUUGAGGGCAUGAAGAUGCGGAGCACAAAGCAAGUAAAUGGUUCUCCUAAACAACGUGAUAGCAAGAAAAUGGAGGAUGACCUCAAGUGGGUGGAAGAACAUAUUCCAUCUUCAGUAGCAGACAAAGCAUUGCCAAGUCUUCUGGAUUCUGAUGAAGAAAUAAUGACCACCAAGUUUGAGAUGUCAAAAAUGGAGUAACAGAUGAGGCUGACUGAAACUUUACUUGCUGAUGUAUAACCUGCAAAGAGGUCACCAGAUCCUGGUGACUAGUGGUGCCCUACUGCCGUCUUCCUUGGAUGCCAUAUGAUCAGACUAUUCUUAGCAGGGACAACUGUGUCAGCAUGCAAAAAGCUACCCAAAAGAAAGCAAUCUGGUGAUAUAGGUCAACUAAAGCAGCCAUUAUCAGUUUUUUUAUAGUUUUUUUUUUAUUGUUUAUUAUUGUUAUGUGUAGGAAGUCCAACAGAGAGGGUGUGGGGUACUGUGUAGGCUGUAAGUUUGUGGUUUUUAUUUGUGAUGGUGUGCUAAUGUAUGCAAGCAUGUGGGAAGCAAUGAUUGCUUUUUUUUUUUUUAAAAGAAUCAUCAGAGAACACUUGUGUGUAAUAUUUAUUUUACAUUAUACUUAUAAGGAGGGUUUGCAAUCUGUGUUGCAUUUAGGGGAAUUCUGCAGCAUGUAAACACAUGUCCAUAUCAACACUUUAUUACCCUUAAUUCAGUGCUAGAGCCUUAUAAUCUGUUUACUCAUACUAGCUUUGGGAGCUGGCGAGGCUGGAAAAGUCAUGAAUAACUUAUGGCUGUUGCCGUCCACCAGAGUACAGGAAACAUUGAUAGAUAUCAAAGCACAACUGGAUGAGUUUACACAGGUGCUGGCAUAAUAGGAGGGAAGAUUGAGAAGAACUUUUGACACAUGCUUUCUCCGUAAAUGCCACUAUAAAUCUGCAUUACAAACUACUUGUUGGGAAGUGCCAACAUGAAAAUUUGCAAGAUUAACUGGAUUGUUGGUUGGUUGAUUUGUUCUCUAUUGUAAUGGUUGAUGUAGGCUUUAACUGAAUUAUAUUGUAGCAUGAGGCAUAUGCUUUCUUUUCUGCUCACUCAUUGAAUAUUCAUAGUAAGUGGGACUGUUUUACAACGGGUUAGGGGAGGGAACUGAAAAGCAAAUAAUAUGUGAACGUACAUUGCUAAAAUGUGUUGUCCACCUCAAAAACAAGUUAAUGAAAUGUGCAUGUAAGUUAAUACAAAGUGCAAUUUUUGCAACACAGCAAGGAUGAAGCCUUAACAACCAUUGAAUGAAACUCUUUUCUUUGUUUUGUUAUUGACACUUGCAUCGAUAAACUAAGUAUGAUAUAGAAGUAUUUAAGAAAAGUGAAACUAUGGAGUAUAUGUGGCAGGAACUUUGUUACUUUAAGCCAUCGCAUCAUCAUUUACAUUGAGUUUGAUGCAUUGUAUUACCCAGUUAAAAGAACAACAAGUGUUGCUAGCAGACAGCAAAGAAAGUUACUGUUAUUUACUUAGUAGCAAUGUGAUGUUUCCAUCAUGUGUUGACAUUUGUGACAGAAAUUAAAAGCAACAGAGAGCAUGACCAAAAGAAAAAAUCUGGCAGGCCAGUCCAACGUUUGCUUUAGUAUAUUUAGUUUUAGCUAACAUAGCUUUACAGAGUUGAAGGCCAAUCAAUGAGGUGUGCAACACCCAAUUACAUAUUUCACAAUGCUGUUGUUUAAUCCACCUCCAUACUACAACUUUCCACUGAUUCCACUUUGAUACAAAUUCAGUAUCAAACAGGAUGUUUUGCUGUUUUGGAUGUGCUUGAGAUAAAGUCACAGAAAUGUUGGUCAAGACAUUACUUGAAAUUAAACUUCCAUGUCUGUUCUGUUCUCGCUGUUUAUAGAUGGGUAUUUGUGAUAGUGAGGUAUUUUGUGACUGCAGUUUUAUGAAAAUUUUAAGCAGAAGUCUUUAGUAAAUCUUCUCUUGGCAGUCUUUGGUGUCUGUUUCCACCCCUACCCCUCAUCCUCAAGAUUCUUAAACAUUUUGAAAAAAGAUGCCAAGAGGAUUACAUGAUUGUGUAGGUAGAUACUGUUCUUUUCAUUUGGCAUACAAGAGGAAAGGUCACUGUCAUGCUAACAUUUUAGGGCAGGAAAUUUCAGCACCAGUUUGACCAAGGAACAAAUAGCAAAGCAGUUGUGUCAGAAUCUGUGAUUCUUGCAUGCAUUCAAGCAGGAACUAGGUAUCACUCAUAAAAACAUAAAUAUCCAACAGUGCUCAAGAUAAUAUUUACUGUUUGAUUUGUAAGUUGUUGAUAUUAUCCUCCGUUCUAUAUGUUUCAUUCAUAGCGAGCAAAUGGUGUUAUUGUAUUAUUUACACUUGAACAUUUGAUGGUACCAUUCCUGUCCCUUCAUGUUAUGAAGACCCAGUCCCCUAUUACAUAUUUGAUAAGUAUAAUUAAAAACGUUUAACCAAGGUGCUAAAUUUUUUUCACAUGAAUGGAUUCAGUUGAUUGUAAAUAGUGACUCCUCAAAUCUGAGCAAAUGUUUUUAUUCCAUGUUCUACAAGUCUUUAAACUUAAUAAUUCUGUUUUGGAAAAGAACUCAUUUUCUUCAGGACUUGUUAUGGUAGUAUCUUAGAAGCAUGCACUUGGUUAUCAGAUUGGCUGCAUCUUUCAGGAGUUUCAGAACCUAGCCAGCCCAUAGUAUGCUGCUUCUAAUAAAUUUGAUGUAUUAGUGCAAAAUUAAUAAAACUUUUUUUGUCUCUUAACUUGCCAGCAAUUUUGACUUAGGUCAACCUUUAAAACUUCUGUUACAAACAAGUGUGCCAUUAGCUCCCCUCUGUCACCUAUGAGGCAUUUCAAAUGAUUGCUAAAAAUAUGCUGAGCUAAAUUCUUCAGGGAAGAAUAUUUCACAAACCAUUGUUUUUGUAUCAUUAUAUAGGGAAAAAAAAAUAAAAGGCAGUAUCUGCAGCAAGAAUACAGCAACUACUCACAAGAAUGUAAGUGGAGAGUGUGAGUGGUGGUUGUCAAAUACUACGAUCCCAUUUCCUUUUGCUUGCAUAUGUUUUUGACUUGGGAACUGUUUGCUAUUUCUCCCUGUAAAUAGGUAAUUAUGUACAUAUUUUUAUUAUUAAAGAACUUUUUUUGUUGUUUUUAACAAGCCAUGUUCUGCUGUGUAUUUAAUUUUCAAACUGGGAUAUGUCUGCUCUUGUGGCUGCAUCAAUAAACAACAAGAAAACUU